AUGUCGAGACUUGUCCCGAUGCUGAAACACAAGGCGCCCGAGCUGGCUUUUGCAGCCAUGUGUGCAGGAGCAGCCUACGCCGUGUAUUACGCCCAUCACCAGCAGAUCACGGAGAAAAAGACGAUGCGCCAAGGCGUCAUCAACGAUAUCAAACGUGACAGGCUCAAGCAGCGAAACAUGGAGCAGCAGCAACUACAACAACAGCAGGCACAGGAACCGCAGCAGUAG